AUGAACACCACAGUAACAACUCAGUGCUUCUUUUUGGCCACCAACUUAGAAAAAACCUCUGGAACGUCAAUUGCAAAUAUUUUGACAAGCGUGCUCAAUUCAAUAUUUUCUUCGGUAACAUGUGUAGGGAAUUAUAUUGUUUUACGGGCAAUUUUCAAAGCAGCAGAUCUGCAUUCGCCAUCUUUCGUCCUUUUGUCCUGUCUUGCCAUAACGGACCUUUUUGUCGGACUGAUCUGUCAGCCGUUCUUCGUGGUAUAUAAAGUAGCAGAACAUAUGGAGAACUUUGGGGCGUAUUGUACAUUAAGAAUGUUUCAAUCCAUAUCGAGUUGGAUCACUUCUGGCGUGUCAUUGCUUACUUUAGCUGCAGUCUCUGUUGAUCGCCUCCUUGCUCUCACUUUGCAUUUACGUUACAAUUUGGUCGUUACUGUUCCUCGCGUAUUAAAAACAGUUCUCGCACUUUGGAUCUUGUCCAUAACGAUUGUCAUGCUACGGUUUUGGGUAAGCACAGGGUGGUUAUUUUUCCCGGUGGUUCUCUUGCUUCUAACAUUUCUCGUCACAACCUUGUGUACCUCUAAGAUAUUUCAGAUCGUCCAAAGACACCAGCGUCAGAUUCACGACCAUGUCCUUGUCAAUAGAGUACCAACUAACUUAACGAACGUACUGAAAUUCAAAAGACUAGCUGUGACUGUUCUUUACGUUUAUGGACUGUUCCUUAUUUUUUAUGCCCCAUUCUGCUUAACGAUGAUCGUGGAAACUUUUACUGGAUAUACGCUUUCAGUGAAGAUUGCCUACGACUACGUCGUAACUGCUGUUUUUAUCAACUCGGCUUUGAAUCCGCUUGUGUACUGUUGGAGAAUCAGAGAAAUACAAAGGGCUGUCAAAAAUGUUUUGCGUAAAGAACCACGUACA